AUGGCAACACAGGUGAGCGCUAGGGUGAGCACAACUCAAUCACCUAGUCAAUCGCAGUCGAUUGCAACGACCAGCCUAUCCAUUACAACAGCCGGCCUUUCAGCCGGUUCCAUCACUGAAGCCAGCUUUGAAGGCCCAGUUGAAGCUGGAGUUGUUGCGGAAAACUCAGACUUUGAAAAUUUAAACGACUCCAUGAGCAAUCUCGACAGAACAGCUGAAAUUUUUUGUGAUGACGAAUUGCGAAUGUUGGAAAAUCGACCCGCAUAUACGACCAUCACUGCAACAGCUGUACGACACACUAGUUUGUGUGAAACUCUGGAAAAUUCCCAAUCGUUAAUCAACAUUUUAAACAAUAUUGACCAAGAUACUGAAGGCAAUCUUCCAGGAUGUUCUACCAACAUUACAGAUAAUGUGAGCUCAAUCCUAGGCUCAAUCGAUGUAUCGCAGUCUAGAUCGCAGCAAAGCUCAACAUUAAUUGAUACUGAGACUAGUACUGAGAUGUCUCAAAGUGAAGAGUUAAAUUCAUCUGAACCAACAUCUGAAUCUGUAAACUUCAGCAUCAUUGAUUCGAACAACAAAACACCUAUGAAAAUAGAGCUUGGUCCGUUCUUCAAUACUUGUAGAGAACACCUCGAAGAAAUUCAAAACUUGCAGAAUGUUGAAAAUGAUUCUCAAAUUUCUUUGAAUUUUGUUCGACGUCUAUCCACAAAUAUUAUUGAAGGUCCAUUGGAAAAUUCAUUGCCAGAUCCAUUGGAUCUAAAUCCAAUUCAAAAUCGAGUUACCGAAGAAAAUAACAACAGUGAGGAUAGCAAUAUUCAGGACACAGAUGAAGAUGAUUGCAUUAUAACUAGUGUAAGUGGUACCGUGUUGCUUCCAUUGAUGUCGACGACUGACCAAGCUGCUGACGCCCUUAUAAAACGUAAAAAUGAUUGCAUUUCUGGGGAUAUACCAUAUAUGGAAAAAAAACAUGGUCGCGUUUUUAAAAUCGGAAACCGCCUGAUUCAAAUCGAACGUAAUGUUGUUGAUAAACUUUGGCAAUGGAAUACACCACCAUCAAAUGCAAAUUUGGACUUGGAUUUUCGGUUUGCAUUGGCUGUUUUUCUAUCAGUUGUUUCUCCAAGUGAUAUAUUGGAAAAUAACAUUGAUUCGAAUUCAAUGGAUUUCGUAUUGGAUUUGAUGCGGAUUCGAUCGAAUAACAAUGCAGCCAGAGUUUCUGCAGUUGAGAUAUCAAUUAAAGCAUAUUGUCAAUCCAAACAACGUGAAAUGACUGAAAACCAGACUGAAAAGCAAACUGAAAAGUGAUAUUCAAUUGGAACUGAAAUAGUAACUCAACGUGAUAUUUUACGCUAGAUUUAACGUAAUAUUUAUACACACACUAGCAUAUACAUAAGCAUUCGACUUGAAAAAAGUAUUUUUUC